AUGCCUCUUAUCAUCGUAGCUGCAGUUAUCGGCACCGGCAAUCUCUCAAGACGUAUCACUGAGCAACUUCUUGUACGCGGAGCGUAUGUCAUCGUAUUCGCAUCUUCACGAGACUCUUCCUCAACUUCGGAGGAGAUACCCAGAGGCUCCAUCAUCGUUCGCUCGGACUAUAGGGACAAGCGCAGUCUAAUUUCAUCAUUCACUACCUAUGGCGCGGAAAUAGUUGUCAGCUGUCUUCAUGGUGACGCUCUUGACCUUCAACCCGGGAUCGGGGAUGCUGCCAAGCAGGCCGGCGUUAAGCUUUUUAUUCCUAACGACUUUGGCUUUCCGCUCCCAGGGUAUACUCAAAGCACGUCUAUAGUCCGAGAAGGUUAUGCUCAAUAUAUAACUAGAAUCGGCCUUCCAACUACAAGAGUAUUGGUUGGCAUAUGUGCUGAGGGAAUUCCCUGGCUUGUCGCAUCUUCUUCCGCUCCUGGAAAGGUUUCAAUUAUUGGAUCGGGAAACGUUCAGGCGUCCUUCACGUCAAUUAUUGACAUCGCGGGCUUCAUUGGGCAUGUGCUAACGUCGUAUUCCAUCUCACAACUAGCGAAUCAGGUCUUCCGAUUGGAGGGACAAUCGGCGACGCUUCGUGAAAUCGCGGCGAUGUAUGGGAAAGAAGCAAUACAGGUCAACUCGCUAGACGAUCCAGAUGCGACAUAUAUGCAGAAGCAGAUAGAUUUUGGGCUCGGUCGAUGCGGACAUGAAGCACACAGCUCAAGGAUGUCAUCAGAAGAAGCUGACUUGAUAAUAGCUUCGAAGGCAUGGUGGACAGGGCAUGUAUGGAGAAACAUCAGAGAUGCCUUACCCGGAUUCUGACAAGACUCACGAAAUGUUGAAUGAGACACAUGAUACCCGACUCUUACCUGCCUCAAUUACCUAUAUUGUACACCGCUCGUUAUGGACUUUUUCUUUUAUCCGUACUCGUAAACUUCAUCCCGACAGUAUAUAUACCUUGUAGGUAUGGCAUCCGCAUCCUCGGUCGUUUCACCUGUACUGUGCUGACUCAGAGCAGAAACGGAUCUAGAAAGAUAUCCAGAAGACACCUACGGUACGUAGACGUGUAAGUAUAAACAACAGAAUCAAAAAUGACGAACAUUCUGGACAUAAAUAUGUAACGCAAGACCCUUUCUCCAGUCCAGCACUGAAAGGCGUGUCAGGUCACCUGGAACUUGAGAAAGGUAUUGUC